AUGGCCGCGUCAAUUUGGGUGAAAGUCAAAGGUGGCAAGACAACCCUCAAGUUGCCCACGACAGGUCUACAGGACGUCAGUGACCUCAUCGAGAUGGUCAAGGAGAAGGCGAAAUCCCUGCUUAACAAUGUGGAUCUUGUCCAACUCCAGCUCUACCAGUCGGAGACGACAGCCGAGGAGAGGUGCCCGGUGAUGUUGGGCAUGUUCCACUUGCCGCACAUGGCAUUGAAGCCGGGGAAGCCGGUUGCAGACAUCGAUGGCGGCAGGGACGAAGACCACCCGCUCUAUUUGGGCUACCCGGACGUCCCGGUGACGACUUGGCUGAAAGACUGCUCCGGCGACAUGGCGGUAUUAUGCCGGUGCCUCGUGCUGUUCUUGUCGGUUGCGGUGUAUGUCGUGAUCACAGUCGAUUGCUACGAUGAUGGUGAUGUGCCGGCAUUCAGGGCACUGCUGGCAACAUUUGUCCUCACAGGAGCGGAUUUGCUCCCGAAGAUUUGUCAUGAGGAGCACGAAGACAUCAUCGAGUGGGGCUUUGCUUUCUUUCUCCUCGCGUUCGGCUUGCUAGCUCUACAUCAGCGGUUCUUCUCCGAAGAUGUCUGUAUGGGGAUCAUCACCGGGGCAGCCGCCAACUUGUACAAAAAAUUCGCGCUCCUUCUGAUUUGCACCGGUGAGUUUCGGCAAGCUAGUUCGCGCUCUUUGGAGCGGUUCUUCCCCACCCUGAUGCGGCCCGCAACGUCAAACGCAGCGAGUGCACCGCUUUUGCCAGGUGCAUCUCACACCGGUUGA